AUGGAGUAUCCUGACAACAUCUACCCGGAGCAGGGGGUUUCGGCUGAAGAGUAUGGCUAUCCGACGGUCGACGAGACAAGGCAGUACCCAUGGCAGGGUCACCAGCCACCCGCCCAGGCAGAGCCCUCUAUCCAUUCCGUACUGGAUCCUCGUCUAUACAGGGACUUAUUCAACGGUAACUCUGCACAGCCAUCAGACGAACAAUCUGCGCACGAAGACACUGCAACCUAUGAAGACGUGGAUGUCUCCUCCGACUCGCUCUAUACCUUGUCUUCAGAGGAAGAAACUGAGGAAGAGGAAUAUGAAGCCCCGCCAGAGGAAGGAGACGACGAUGAUUCGCUUUCGCGGCGUCGCCGCCGCCGCAAAGGAGGUCCCUUUAGUGGCCGCUACGGGGCUCGGGGCCAGAAAGGAGUCAAACGAGGCCCUCGCAAACCACUAGAACCAAGUCCGGAAUUCAAGAUCCUGCACUCCGAGGCCACUUCUGCCUUCAUUGACGGUGAUUAUGACCGGGCCAUUGUGUUGGUGAAACAAGCCAUUCAGAUCAACCCGGAGAUGUUUGCUGCGCAUUCGCUCCUCUCCGAGAUCUUCUUGGCCCAGGGUGAGCACGACAAAGCUUUGACGGCAUUGUUCAACGGUGCACAUACGCGACCCAAGGAUCCGGGAGUGUGGAUCAAGGUAGCUAGAAUGAUCCUGGAACGUAGCGGAGAGGAUCGCACCAGUGCCUUGAACGACGUGGUCUAUUGUUACAGCCGAGUGAUCGAUAUUCAGCCACAGAAUUACAUGAUCAGGUUUCAGCGAGCUGCCAUCUAUAGGGAGCUCAACCACAAUGGAAGGGCUGCGACCGAGUAUGAAAGGAUCUUGCGAGAGCGGCCAAACGACGCGAGAGCCCUCCGACACCUUGCAGAGACCCUGAUAGACACCCAAGAGGCCCAGAAGGCGCUGGAAAUAUGGUCGAGGAGUGUUGACUAUAUCCUGACUUAUGAGCCACAGGAUGUGCCUGAUUUCUCCUGGUCGGACAUCAAUAUCUAUGCUGAGCUGCACAGCAUCGUGGGCCGUCCCUUUGACGGAUUGAAGGCCACCAAGACGCUGUCCCGGUGGUUGCUGGGUCGGAACCGUGACACAAUGUGGAAAGACUUCCAUGAUGAUGAUCGUGAGUGGGACGCCGAUGAUUCUCCCAGGCGGAUCAAGACGGAUGGCUAUGUUCCGAAACAAUGGCAUCGUGAUUCGUACGGACUGGGUCUACCGCUUGAACUCCGGAUAAAGCUCGGGCUGUUCCGACUCAAGAUGGGAUAUGACUACAAAGACGAAGCGUUACAACACUUUGAAUGGCUGGACCCAGAAGACACAUCAGAGGAUGCUCGAUUAUAUGAUUAUGGGGAUUUGUUUCGCGAGGUCGCCGAUGCUCUGAAGGAAGUUGGUUUGCUGCAAGAGGCGCUCAGGUUCUACAUACCAUUGCAACAAACGAAUGAUUAUGCUGAUGUCAGCUUCUUUAUGGCAGUCGGUGACUGCUACCGACUUCUGGGCAAACUUGAGGAUGCAGAAAAUUGUUAUCUCACCGUGGCGGAGUACGAUGCGCAACACAUCGAAUCAAGAGUCCAGCUUGCCAAGCUGUAUGAAGAGAUUGGCAUGAAUGAGCAGGCGCUAAAAUUCGUCAACGAAGCAGUCCUUCUUGGGAGACAGGAAACCCGAAGCCAUAGAAGACGGAAAGACACGAGACUGGAACAGCUAGCCAUGGAGUUCCGCUUAGCGGAUUCAGGAGCUGACGCUGCCGUGCCAGAAUCCGUCUCCCCUGAGCAGGCGCCGGCCGCCAUCCUCACCACCCCUGCUGCACCAGUUUCGAGCAAGAAGCAGGCCGAGCCCGAUGAAGGACAAAGGAAAAGUAAUGUACAGUAUCUAUAUGGCAAACUGCUCCAGUUGCAAGGAGCACUGAAAAGUGGGAAUGAUGAAGCCAUGGAGGAUUGGCUGGAUAUUGGUGAUGCUCUGCUGCGCGAGUUUCGCUCGAAUCGGAUUUUCUAUCCGCUUCAGCGCCACAUGACCUUCUUGGGAUAUUCGCGAGAGGCGCAGAGAAAGAAGAGCAAGGGCCGUAGCCUCAUGGAGGAGAUGCAAGAGAUGGCAGGUCGGCUUCACGAGUCGCUGGGCAAUAUCACGGAAGAGCCACUGCAAAGUACCAUUCCCACUGAUUACCACGGAAUCAGCUUUGAUGAGUGGCUCGAUUUGUUUCUCCAGUAUGCUCUCUAUGUGGCAGCACAGGGUGAAGCGGAUGAAGCGUAUGAUACGCUUGCAGCUGCUGCAGAUGCAAGCGUCUGGUACCAUUCCAAGCCUAGUACCCGUAUGAUUCAUGUCUGUUGGUUCACUUGCGCCCUUCGAAUGCAGGACGAGGAGACUCUCGCGAACGAGGCGCGUUGGUUCAUCAAAGAAUACCAAUUCGUGACUGACACCUAUCGUCUUUUUGCCAUGCUAAGCCGUCUAAGCGGCGACCCUCAGCGGUCCAUCUUUCAUUCCUCCUCGAAUAUGAAGUUCAUGCUGCGUCAAAUCAAGGCCAUGGACUUCACCCUUCCUGAGAACAUCGCGGGAGCCCGACCCAACAGGCCACGAGAGUCCAUUUACCAGGAGCGAGCCUCAUUGUCGACCCGCGACGAGAUCACGGGAGAAGCCAUCUCCGCCGAGGAGAUGGAUAUCGCUUUAAUCGUGUUAUACGGACAGAUCCUGUACUCGGGCAACAGUUUCUAUCCGGCCCUGAACUAUCUAUUCCGCGCGUACGCGCUGGAUGACGAGAACCCGGUGGUCCUGCUGUCCAUCGCCCUCUGCUAUAUUCACCAGUCGUUGAAACGACAGUCGGAGAAUCGGCACUACCUCAUUAUGCAGGGACUAUCCUUUAUGCAGGAGUACCGACGUGUCCGUGAGCGACCGGGAACACUGCUAUCCGAGCGCCAGGAGAUGGAAUUUAACUUUGCCCGCGUCUGGCACACCUUGGGGCUAGCGCAUCUAGCGGCAGAAGGGUAUCACCGUGUGCUGGAUAUCGGCAAGCAGAUUCAAGCGCAAGCCAAACCUGCUUCGCAGCUGAGCACGGGAUUGAUGACCGACACCGAUGUUGUCAUGGCCGAUGCUAGCGCGGGAGUCGACAACCCUGCUUUUGUGGAGGACUUUUCGCGAGAAGCCGCGGUGGCAUUGCAGAAUCUGUACGCUUUUAGCGGCGAUAUCCGAUCUGCGCAGCAGGUGACGGCUCAAUGGUUGGUGAUUUGAGCGCGGCCGAAUCGGGAGUUCCCUGCAGCUGUCCGUGGCGACGAUUGGCACCCAUGAAGUCAUUCACUUCUAGUUCAGCAUCAAAGAAAUCGAAC